AUGCCGGAUGAUUAUCCUAAAAGUCCGCCGAAGGCGACUUUCAAAACCCGUAUAUGGCAUCCCAAUGUGGAGGAGUUGACGGGCGCCGUGUGCGUCGAUACAUUGAAGCGGGAUUGGAAGGCGACUCUGACAUUGAAGGAUGUUCUAGUUACAAUCUCAUGCCUGCUUAUUUACCCGAACCCGGACUCUGCGUUGAAUUCUGCGGCCGGCGCUUUACUUCAGGAGAACUACGAGGCUUUUGCGCGACAGGCUAAACUAAUGACAUCCAUUCAUGCGCCGGUGCCAACGGACUUGAAAAGUGCAGCAGCGGAGGCGAAGACCAAGGGAGAAGAUGCCGGAACGACGAUCCCGGAGCAAGAAGAACCUCGCUUGUUGCGCUCAAGGAAGGGCACUAGAGUUCAAUCUGUGACGAUGAAGAAGAAGAAUACCCGGAAGAACGGAGAGCGGGCGUCAUCGCGAUCACAGCGGCAAUCCAAUAGUCCGGAGACAGAGAACCGAGCCGAAGAGCAACAAUCAGAGAUUCCCUAUGAAGCCGAUUCAAUCAUCUCAGACGACGAAUCUGAAAACCUCUCCAAUGCCAGCAAAGAGAAUGAUCCAACACUAUCGCCGUCCCCGGUCAAAUUUGCUCCACCGAGCCCCAGGAAAAAUGCCCUUGGCAAACGUCCCUUAUCCGUCCUAACGCUGCCUCUGGAUACAGACCCCUUUGCGAUGGAUCCAGACGAUAGUGACCUGGAGGGCAUGACAGCAUCUGAGAAGAACAUCGCAGCAAACAAUUAUGGUGGCAGCCCGGAACGCGAUCCUUCUCCACAGAGAAAAUCACCGAAGCUGUCCGUCCGCAGUAAAGGGGUCAACUCAUCUGGACGCAUACGGGAAGAAGUCAAGAUAUUCGAGGACGUGCCAGAGCCGCUUGAAUUGGACCGCUGUCAUAGCGGGGACGGCAAAGAGAACCAUGGCUCCCUGGCCAGUCCCAAAGGGCUUGGUCUUGCUUCCAGAAAGGCGCCUUCCACUUGCCCUCCGACUUCACUCGCUCUGCUCUCUACCUCCGCCCCGUCUAGUUCAAAAGCUCCAAAGGCAGUCUCUGGUACGCGAAAAGUAUCAGGGUCCAAUAUGAAAAAGACGAAACCACGUAUAGGCAUUCGCAGGUUAUGA